GAAGGUCGAGUGUGUUUGGUACUCCAAGCUUUGUCUGUUCCUUACUUUCAACUCUCUCUCACUGCAAUUAUUAUAUAUAUAUAUGUGUGUGUGUGUGUAUUUUUCUCCCCUCUCUAAAGAUCAACCCUUUAAAAAUCAGUUCCGUCCUCACGGUACACAAAACCCAACCCAAACCCAAGAUGCGCCUCUGUCUCCUUCUUUUCCAUCUUCUUCAACCUUCUUCUUCUCCUUCUCCUGUUUCCUUCUCUUUUUUGCCUAUCUUCUUUAUGAACUAAUGCUUACAACAGAUUUUGUAGAUUGGUGUUCUUUUCCAGAAUGGACUUUGGGGUAGUGGGGUUGGAUAGUUUUGUGGAUUCGAGUGAUGCCCCUUCUCCUCACCCUGCAUCAGACCCUGAUACUAACCUUAAAUCUCUUGGAUCUGCUUUCUCUAAGCAGGAUAGAUCUGGGUUUGUUGAUGAUGACUGGAGGAACUCCAAGAUUCCUAAAACUGAAACUGUCUCUGCUUCUUCUAAGACAAUGCCGCUUCAUCAAGGCUUCCCUUUGUUGAGAUCUAACACUUUGCUUUCUAGUGAUGGGCGUCAAAAGGAGCACAUGCUUAGCUUCUCUUCAGUUAAAUCUGAGACUUCCUUGCAAAAUAAAGACUCUGACCUGAUUUCGAGGAAUACCCAAAACUCUAUUUUUCCUUACAAUCAACAGAAAUCUUCAGUUUACUCUAGAAAUACAGGAUGUGUUUCUGGAAGCUAUAGUAGCAUGCAUGGGCCUGUAGCUGGGAUUAGAGGACCAUUUACACAAUCACAAUGGGUUGAGCUUGAACAUCAGGCAUUGAUCUACAAAUACCUCUCUUCAAAUGUGCCUGUACCUUCUAAUUUGCUCAUUCCCCUCAAGAAAUCCCUCUAUCCCUAUGGCUUGACUUGCUCUUCUGCUGGAUCCUUGCCUCCAAACACAAGGUGGGGUUCUUUCCAUUUGGGUUUCUCCGGCAAUGCUGAUCCCGAACCAGGAAGAUGUCGUCGAACUGAUGGAAAGAAAUGGCGGUGCUCUAGAGAUGCUGUUGCUGAUCAAAAGUAUUGUGAAAGGCACAUUAAUAGGGGCCGCCAUCGUUCAAGAAAGCCUGUGGAAGGCCAGACUGGCCAUUCCGCCCCUGGGACCACCAAUCCAACAGCCAUGGUAGCAACGAUGUCCACAUCGUUGUCAUCAACGGUGAUGCCCAGCGGCGGUGCAUCCAACAACCUCCCUAUCAUUCAACGCCAGCUCAAGAGUUUGCAUCCUGUUGCCACUUCCGAUCCUGGUGCUGAUGCCUCUGUCAAUAGGUUGCUAAACAAAGAGACUGUGUGUAGCAGAAUCCAAGAGUCUGGGGGCCUCUCAAUGAUGUCUUCCACUGUCAAUCUCAUGUCAUCUAAUGAUAAAUCUGGUGCAAAACAAGAGAUUUCAAUAGGAGAAUCCACACAAUCUGAAUUUGGACUUGUUUCCACUGAUUCCCUCCUAAAUCCUUCACAGAGAGGAUCUUAUCCCAAUCCCAAAAACUAUGACUCCUUCCUGAUCUUCAACGACCAAGAAUCCCAAGACCAAGACCAACAUCCACUUAGACAAUUCUUCGAAGACUGGCCCAAGGACCAAUCGACUCGCUCAGUCAUGACUUGGCCUGAAGAAUUCAAGUCAGAUUGGACACAGCUCUCCAUGUCGAUACCCAUGUCUGAUUUCUCCUCGUCAUCGUCCUCACCAACACACGAGAAGCUAGCUCAAUCCCCUCUCAGGCUGUCUAGGGAGCUUGAGCCAAUCCAGAUGAAUUUGGGGGUAAGCAGGAAUGAUGGUGAGCUAGUUCAGAAGCAAGGCAGUCAGAUAACAAUGUCAUGGGGAAGUUCAAUGGGGGGUCCUUUGGGAGAGGCAUUAACAAACGGCAGCAGCUGUGUGAAAGCAAGCAAAGUGCCACCAUCACUGAACCUCUUAGCUGAAGGAUGGGAUGGCGGUCAGCUUGGAUCCUCGCCUACUGGUGUGUUGCAAAAGGCAACAUUUUGCUCCCUUUCGAACAGCAGUUGAGAAAAAAGCAGUUCAGGGGGGGGGUGUUGCUACUGGCUGAAGCUCCUUUCUUCCUUUUCCGUAGACAGGAGUUUUCAUUAAUAUUCAUUAAGAAGGAAUGCAAAAAAAAAUGGUGAACAGAAAAAGAUUGAGAAAAAUGGUGAUGUCUUGGUGGAAUAUGUGAUUGAAUCAGAAGUUGGGACCUUUUUUUUUUUUUUUAAUUUGUUCCAUUUCCAGCUCAGUGUAAUCUUCUUUUUAUUUUUUCGCCCCCCUCUUUUUUCCAACUUAUUUGUUUGUUUGUUUCAUUUUCUAAAGUAUUGAGUAUUGACUUGUGCUUAAUUCUAAUUCAAAUAGGGCAUUCACUGUUUUUUCUUCCCCUA